UGUUAUUAUAAGCAGACCAGGUUUGAGUGUCGGUUCCAAUGUAAAGUGUAUGCAUUCAGACAUUUACUUCCACAACGUGCAUAUGUUCUUUCAAAUGUUUAGAUAUUUCUGAUGCUUUUUCUUUUGAAAAAGAUUUCUGAUGCCUUUGUAUUUAACUAAUUAUUUUUGGCUCUUCUAAUAUUAAAACUUUCUAUUGUUCUAUCUGGAAACUGGUCUUCCUCGUAUAGAAACUGAAACUAAGAUAUAGUCAAAUGGCUGUCCGUAUUCUCAACUUCACAACGACUCCUUCAAGUUUCCGGCCAUCAAUAAACUUCCGUCCGGGAAACGGCAGAGCCAAUUCGCUACGGUUAUCCGCAGCAAAGUCCUCUGAAACCCCUCCUGCUCCAGCUGAUGUUACAUUUUCGCCGCCACCGGAUUUCAAGCCUCCGGAGCCAAAGGUGUUUGCCGUGCAGCCGGACAAGCAAUCGGACAUAAUCGGGGCUUCCCUCGCCUUGUUUCUCCGAUUUGGUUACGGUGUUUUCGUUUCUGGAUACUCUGUAAAUUUCAUUCCCAAGAAUGAGUUUCCACCUGGGAAGUAUGGUCUUGAAGUCGGCGAUUUCAAGUUAAAAGAGACUUCAAAUAAUUUAGGUCCUCGCCCGGAAAAACCCAUCGAGAUAUACGAAUUUGAGAGCUGCCCUUUUUGUCGAAAGGUUCGCGAAAUCGUUGCGAUCUUAGACCUUGAUGUGCUGUACUAUCCUUGUCCCAAAGACGGACCUAAUUUCCGACCAAAAGUCGCUGAGAUGGGCGGAAAGAAGCAGUUUCCGUACAUGGUCGAUCCCAACACGAAAAUUGCAAUGUACGAGUCGGACGAAAUCAUCAAGUACUUAGUUGAGAAAUAUGGAGAUGGAAAAGUCCCCGUUUUGUUGUCCUUAGGUCUAUUAACGACACUGACGGCGGGUUUCGCCAUGAUGGGUCGGACGGGUAAGGGUUCUUCUUAUACACCGGCGAAAUCGCCACCCGAACCACUUGAGAUUUGGGCGUAUGAGGCUUCUCCGUUCUGUAAAGUGGUGAGGGAAACACUUGUGGAGCUAGAGUUACCUCACAUACUUCGUAGUUGCGCCCGGGGCAGCCCGAAAAGGCAGAUAUUAUAUGAGAAAGUCGGGCAUUUUCAGGCUCCGUAUUUGGAAGAUCCGAAUACUGGGAUCCAGAUGUUUGAAAGCGCUGAUAUUGUGGAAUACCUAAAGGCAACUUAUACUCUUUGAGGCUUUGCUUAGUUUUGGGGACAACCUUAUUGCUUUAGCCUCUAGGCACUAUUCUUCCAUUUCCUUGAGGUUUUUUUCUGUUUGUAUAUGCUGUAGAUAUAAACAACGUUAUGUUCUAGUUCAACUCAAUUGUAGCAUAAAUUUUCGCCAAGCGUUGUACCUAGGUACAAUUAGUCAUGAUCAAUUUCCAUGUCACCGUUCAAAAUACUCCACUCUUAUUCCACACUCUCUUAUAAUUGUUUCAACUUUUGUGCC